AUGGCGUCCGCGGGGUCCAACACCAUUAAGGUGGUUGCCAGAUUUCGUCCCCAAAACAAGGUAGAAUUGGCGUCCGGUGGUAAACCGGUCGUCGAGUUCGAGAGUGAGGACUCAUGUAUCAUCAAUUCGAAUGAGGGCACUAGCUCCUUCACCUUUGAUCGCGUAUUUCCCAUGGACACGGCCCAAGCUGAUAUUUUCGAUUUCUCCAUUCGUCCCACCGUGGAUGACAUCCUCAAUGGAUACAACGGCACUGUGUUUGCGUACGGUCAGACCGGCGCGGGAAAAUCUUAUACGAUGAUGGGUUCGGAUAUUGAUGAUGACAUUGGCAAAGGUGUGAUUCCACGGAUCGUGGAGCAAAUAUUUGCCAGUAUCUUGACGAGUCCGAGCAAUAUUGAAUAUACGGUGCGAGUCAGCUACAUGGAGAUUUACAUGGAGCGCAUUCGGGAUUUGCUCGUGCCGCAAAACGACAACCUGCCUGUUCACGAAGAAAAAUCCCGCGGGGUAUAUGUCAAGGGCCUUUUGGAGGUUUAUGUGUCCAGCGUCCAAGAAGUCUAUGAAGUGAUGCGUCGGGGUGGAAAUGCGCGCGCGGUGGCUGCAACCAACAUGAAUCAAGAGUCUUCUCGCUCACAUUCGAUCUUUGUGAUCACGGUCAGCCAGAAGAAUGUGGAGACGGGCUCCGCAAAGAGUGGUCAGCUUUUCCUGGUGGAUUUGGCUGGUAGUGAGAAAGUCGGCAAGACAGGUGCCAGCGGUCAGACUUUGGAAGAAGCGAAGAAGAUCAACAAAAGUCUCAGUGCGCUGGGCAUGGUCAUCAACGCCCUGACUGACGGAAAAUCGAGCCACGUGCCUUACCGUGACUCGAAACUCACCCGUAUUCUUCAAGAGUCCUUGGGUGGUAACUCCCGGACAACUCUGAUCAUCAACUGCUCGCCUAGCAGCUACAACGAUGCGGAAACGGUCUCGACCCUCCGAUUUGGUGUUCGUGCCAAGGCGAUCAAGAACAAGGCUAAGGUCAAUGCCGAGCUCAGCCCUGCAGAGCUGAAGCAGCUCCUGCGCAAGGCUCAAACCCAAGUCACGAGCUACGAGACAUAUAUCUCUGCAUUGGAAGGAGAAGUCAACCUCUGGCGAAGCGGAGACAGCGUCCCCAAGGACCAUUGGACACCUGCCCGCGGCAACGAAAUCGUGGGCGCCACGAAAGCGGAAGCUCGUGGACCCAGGCCUGGCACCCCGUCCCGCUUGCAAGAAACGAUUCGUUCGGAGACCCCACGGCCAGAUUCUCGCAUCGGCGACCGCUCCAGUACGCCCAGCCUGGUGCUGGAAAAGGACGAGCGCGAGGAAUUUCUACGCCGGGAGAAUGAGUUGCAGGAUCAGCUCGCUGAGAGGGAAACCCAUAUCGCCAAUGUGGAGCGGAGUCUCCGUGAUGUGCGAGAGGAAUUGAAGUCAUUGAAGGAGAACGCCGGAAGUUCGGUCAAGGACAACGAGCGCCUGGCCACCGAGGUGAACGAACUGCGCAUGCAACUGGAGAAGGUGUCGUACGAGAGCAAAGAGGCCGGUAUCACUAUGGAUGGCUUGCGAGAGGCCAACGCGGAGUUGACCAGUGAGCUUGACGAGGUGAAGCAACAACUUCUUGAUGUACGCAUGAAGGCGAAGGAGACCACCGCAGCGAUGGAUGAGAAGGAGAAGAAGAAGGCCGAGAAAAUGGCUAAGAUGAUGGCCGGGUUUGAUCUGGGCGACGACUUGUUUUCAACCAACGAACGCAAGUUGCAGAUGUUGAUUGCCCGCGUCAAGUCACUUCACGAAGUUAGUGCUGCGGGCGAGGUCAUUGCCCCCGAAGACCUACUAGACCUUCAAACUGGACUUUUGGAGACUCAGGGCUUCAUCCGCCAGGCCGAACUCACAAUCAAUGACCGCGGAGAUUCUGAUGCGGCACAGGAUAGCCGCUACGUGCAGCUAUUGAAGGACUUUGACGGAUUGCUGCAGGGGUACGAAGAACUGUUAACCCGCAGUGUCAGUGAAGUUGACGUGGGUGAGAUCCUUCAGCGUGUGGAGCAAGUCUUUGAUCGUCGAAAGGAGGCAGAAACUGCAGCAAUCGAGCAACUUCAGUCACAGAUUACCGAGAAGAAUGAGGAGCUCCAGAAGCUUCGCCAGACGCAAAUCGAGAACAAGUCCGGUACCCCGGCUCACCAAGCCGCAGCCGACGACCUCGAGCAUCGAAUCGCUGAAUUUGACGCUAUGAAGAAGUCCCUCAUGCGCGAUCUCCAGAACCGUUGCGAGCGGGUCGUUGAGCUUGAGAUCUCAUUAGACGACGCCCGAGAGCAGUACAACAACGUACUGCGAUCCUCCAAUAGCCGCGCUCAGCAGAAGAAGAUGGCCUUCCUGGAGCGUAACUUGGAGCAGCUGACAUCCGUCCAGCGGCAGCUUGUGGAACAGAACAGUCUCUUCAAGAAGGAGGUUGCCAUCGCGGAGCGCAAGUUGCUUGCACGGAAUGAUCGUAUUGCCAGUCUCGAGAGUCUGCUUCAGGAGAGUCAGGAGAAAUUGACUCAGGCAAACCACAGAUUCGAAGCACAGCUCACCGCUGUUAAGGAGCGCCUUGAAGCCGCUAAGCAGGGCUCCACGCGGGGCCUUCCUUCAAUGGACAGCAAUGGCAACUUCAGCUUUGGAGGUUCUCGUAUCGCGAAACCCCUCCGUGGCGGAGGUGGAUCGGACGGACCAACAAAUCCCACCAUCACGGGUGUGCAAACGCAGGAGUCCUCUGGUAAGCGCUCGAGCUGGUUCUUCGACCGCAAGUGA